AAUAAUAUGAUUUAAUUCAGCGCAACAAGAUGACAAUGAGGAUACAAAAAAGUCGAUUUUGAUAAGAACAUUAGUUACUGUGUUUUAGUUUUGUUCAGCCGAGCAGGUUACACUCAUUCACCUAAAAGAGUCGACUCUUUAAAUUAAUUCACGAAUUGCCGAUCUCAACUAAAAAUUAAUUUAUUCAAUUUUCGAAACAUCAGAUUUCAAAUUUCGUAUUAGAACGACGAUCGCCCGGUGGAGCUUAUGACCAGUUAACCCCAACUUUGUUGAUCAUGAAUAAUGACGACGUAAUGAUGAGUCCGAAUGUCGAUGGUAACGUGAACGUAACGCCUAUGGAAACUGAAGAUGGAAUCGUUCGACUAGUACCCCAAACCACCACUGACUUGGCAGUUGCCUCAACGACGAUGGGUACUAUCAUUAAUACGCCUGCCUCUUCUGUCGCGCCCCUCAUUAACCAGUCCAUACCAACAUUAUCAGCUUUAAAUCUUCCAUCAGCACCUACAUCCAGACCUCUUAGUAAUGUACAUGUACCAAUCAGCAAUUCGUCUGUACAGACAAUUGCUCCCCUUAACGGUACACCAGUGUCUGCAGUUGUACCUCAUAACAACACGACAAUACAAACUAUUACUCCACAUAACGUUUCUUCAGUUUCAACAAUUACUGCACUCAAUAAUCAAUCAGUAGUAACAACCACCCAACAAAAUAUUGUUAUACAGCAACAACAACUCCAACAACUUCAACAGCUGCAACAGCAACAGAAACAUCUACAGCAGCAGCAACUGUUACAACAGCAGCAGAAAAUACAACAGCUACCUUUAAUACAACACAUGCAUCAACAGCAACAGCAAAUACAACAGCAACAACAAAUUCAGCAGCAGCAACAACCUUUACAGCAGCUAAUACAACAACCUUUGCAGCAGCAAUUACAGCAACAACAACAAAAACAACCACAACUACUUCAACAACUUCAGCAGCAUCAACCCCAACAGCAGCAACAACAGCAACCACAACAACAGCAACCCCAACAACUGCAACAAACACAACAGCAGCAAACACAACAGCAACAAACACAACAGCAACAAACACAACAGCAACAGACACAACAGCAACAGACACAACAGCAACAGACACAACAGCAAUCUCAGCAACUACAACAGGAACAUCAAUCACAACAGCAGCCAACACAAUCUCAACAACAGCAAAAUACACAUAAUAUGACCAUUAAAAAUAACAUUGGAGACAAUGCAGCAUUAUUAACAAAAGUACGAUUACGUGAACUUGUCAAAGAAGUAGAUCCUAAUGAACAACUCGAAGAGGAUGUAGAAGAACUUAUGAUGCAGAUAUCUGAUGAGUUUGUUGAUGAUUUGGUAAGAUCAGCAUGCGUAUUCGCCAAACAUAGGAAAUCAACUAUUGUUGAAGUUAAAGAUGUCCAACUAUACUUAGAACGGUAUUUAAAUAUGUGGAUACCUGGUUUUGGCACAGACGAAUUAAGGCCUUAUAAAAAGGCACCAAUCACUGAAGCCCAUAAACAACGUACAGCUCUUAUCAAGAAAGUUUCUAGUAAAAAAUAUUAAUUUUAUUUGUAACUUAUUAUGACACAUAAACACCUUUAUUGAAAA